UGAGAAAAUUGAAAGUUUGUACGGAACCCUCGGUGCGUGAGUUAAACGAACUCGCACUUGACCGGUUUUUUUAACAUGCUGAUUACAAAAUAUUAAGAUAUUGACUGGAUGAAUACCUACCUAUACUUAAUUAAUAAAAAUGAAAUAAAACAAACAAUUAUUCGUGGCCCUCAAUUAGUCGUAUUUUUUGUGUGAAGCGAAUAAGUGCUAUACGAAAUGAAUAAUAUAUACAUUCGACAGUAUCUGGUGGUGUUCGCAAUAAACCUGAACUGCAUCAGCCUCGGUAUGGGCUUAAGUUGGGCAUCUCCAGUGUUGGUGAAACUAGCUGACGACACAGAAACCGUACUCGAUCAACCUUUAGAGCAAGAUGAAGGAUCUUGGAUUGUGUCCGUCUCUUUCCUUACUGGAUCAUUAGGGUAUGUGGUGUCAUCUGGUUUGGUGGACGUUAUAGGCCGGAAGCAAUGCGUGAUCCUGUCGAGUGUCACAAGGAUGGCGGCAGCUCUCCUGUUCCUGUUCGCGAGGGACGUGUGGAUGCUCAUACUGGGCAGGGCCAUUCUCGGGCUUUCAGAAGGCAUCAUAUUGAGUGUAGUACCGGUUUACGCCUCGGAAAUCGCCAGCAAAGAAAUCCGUGGAGCUCUCGGAGUGAUGCUGCAGAUAUUUACUUCCAUUGGCUCUGUGAUCAUGCUCAGCGUUGGACCUUUCAUCUCAUACUUUAAUCUGAAUCUCAUGUUCACUCUGUUCACCCUCGUGACCAGCAUACCGACUAUAUUCUUACCUGACACCCCAAGCUUCUUAUUUAAUAAAGGAAAAGAGGAAGAAUCCAAAAAUGUUCUCAUAUUCUUAAGAGGGGAACUCAACGCUAAUGAUGAGCUAAAGGAAUACACUAUGAAUUAUAAAAGCGAAAAACCAGGUCUUCUGACAAUUUUCCGUGACAAAAUGUUUCAGAAAAGUCUUGGAAAGUCUGGAUUCAUGAUUAUCACCCUCUUCUUAAUUGGUUUCAACUGCGUCAUGACAUAUCUUCAGACGAUUUUGGACUCAACGCAAACAAAUGUAAGGUCUGAAGUGGCGUCUGGCAUAAUCGGUGGUAUAAACCUUUUAGCAAGUAUUUCGACAUUGAUGAUUACAGAUAGGUUUGGAAGAAAACCUAUUUUAAUAUGUACGUCGCUUGGACUGAUUGUUGGAAUGGUCGGCCUAGGAGUAUUCUUUAAGGUGGCUGAAACGAGGGCUGAAGUGUCCGGUUUUUUGAACUAUCUUCCACUCAUAUCUCUUGUUAUAGUUGUAUUUUGCCACAGUGGUGGUCUCGGAUCCUUAUUCUGGGUUGUUGUAGCGGAACUUUUCGAUGAUCGUUCCCGUGGAACCGGGAUGGCGACCACCCUUCUUAUAGGAACCAUGCCUUCGUUCCUGACGAUGAGAUAUUUCGCGCCUCUGACAAACAUUUUCGGGCCGGCGCCAGUUUUUUGGGCGUUUGCUGUGUCUAGUGCCGUGCUAGCGACGUUUGUGGCGCUUAGAAUACCGGAGACAAAAGGGAAGAGUUUUGCGGAGAUACAGCAAGAGUUGGGGAAUUGAGAUUUGUAAUAAAUACAAGUCAUAUCGCUUCACUUGUCAGUAUCUCUCUUAAUCAUUUCCAAACAUUCCGCCUGGAACCGAGGGUAUAACAGACAGUUUAACAGUGGGUAGUGACCCUGCCUACGAAGCUGAUGGUCCCGGGUUCAAAUCCUGGUAAGGGCAUUUAUUCGUGUGAUGAGCAUGGAUAUUUGAUCCUGAGUCAUGGGUGUUUUCUAUGUAUUUAAGUAUUUAUAUAUUAUAUAUAUCGUUGUCUAUGUACCCUCAACACAAGCCUUAUUGAGCUUACUGUGGGACUUAGUCAAUUUGUGUAAUAAUGUCGUAUAACUAAAAUUUGGAUUCGUGCAGACACCUGUUAUUUUUAAUUUAUAAUGUAAAAUUUAAGCAUUCAAAAUUAUCCCACCAAAACCAUAUUCAUGUAAAAUGUUGCCAAGGCGAAACCAUAAACUCCUAGCUACUUAGCUACCAAGCUUCUAUAACUCUAAUUCUACACCUUAAUCAAAAUUAGUUGCUUGGCCGUUUCGUUAGAUAGGUACCGUAAAAUGGGGUGAGUAGGGACGAAAUCGAAGUUCAAACCUGGAUAAAAGUUUAUAUUUAUAUAUGGCACAUUGAUUUAUAUACAAAAAAAGUGUUCCGUAUGUUUGAAUUUUAGUUCGUCAAUGAUAAUUUGUUGUUUCAUUUCAUUGUUUCAACGUUAAACACAUAAUGGUAGGCAAUCCUAUCUCACCCCGUAGUUGGGGUUAAAAUGGACAGCAAUGGGGUGAGAUGGGAAAAUUGCUAGGGUUCACACUUUCGGUUUAUAACAAUAGCUUGACUUUCAAGACAAUAUUUUAUUUAUGUAGCAAAAUUAUGUUUUAUUUAUGCUCCUACAUAUACGAUUUAAUGUUUUCUGUAAGUUGUGAUUUUUAUUUUAAUGUUUUUCAAGAAAUUGUAUAACAAAAAAGUAAUGAACAGUGAAUAACAACAACAGUCAACAGUGAACAUUAUUAAGUAAUAAUUAAUCGAUGAAAUGUAAAUAUAUAGUAAAUGCAUGUUAGUCAUUAAGUAUUUAUAGUAAAAUUUGCACGCCGUAAGUCGGCAGAAUUGUGCUGGAUAAAAUUUUGAUGUAACAUCUGUGUUAACCAUAAUUCUAGCAAAUAAAGAUAUACUACUACUACUAAUAAAAUUUUCACCUAUCGCCCAUAUGACGGUAGCGGGCAUGUAGCGGGUCACUUGUCCGCGCUCUUCGCCUACCAGUCAACAAUUGGGUCAAACAGAAACUUGACCUUGAUGAUUGGGACCAUUUAUAUAGGGAUUCUGCAGCGGUAUUGAUAUACGGGAUACGGGACGUAAGGCCCCUAAUUAUAUCUAUUCUUUUAUCGAAAAUUUUCCGCUAUCUUGCUGCUUACUGUAGGUAUAAUAAAAAAACUUAUAGAAAUGUUAAACAAGGUUUAUUACUAAGACUGUAAAAUCACAACCCAUCACUGUAUAUACUAGUUACAAUAAAAAAUGUAUUUGUAAUAAACUGGCUAUAUAAAAAUGA